AUGGUACUCAGGUAUAUGCUCCGAGUGAAACCCACCAAUUUCGAAGGGGAGGAGAUGGCCGCCGCUCCCACAGGCAGAGUCUUCUUCAGUGCCACUAACUACAACUACCCCCACGGCACAUUAAUGCGCCAUGAUUACUUCGAUAACGGUUACGAUGACUACUUCGUUCGGGACUGGAUGAGGCCUGAUGAGGACAUUCUGAGGCGACACUAG